AUGACCACUCAAAUCAUUGAUUCUGAGUUUCAUGUGCUUUUUUCCCCUUCCCUUUUAAGGUAUCAGGGCUAUAUCGGGGCUGCUCUAGUCCUAGGUGGAGUGGAUUGUAAUGGACCUCACCUCUAUAGCAUCUACCCCCAUGGCUCCACUGACAAGCUGCCCUACGUCACCAUGGGUUCUGGCUCUCUGGCUGCCAUGGCUGUGUUUGAGGACCGCUACAAACCAGACAUGGAGGAGGCGGCAGCCAAGCAGCUGGUGCACGAUGCCAUUGCUGCAGGAAUCUUCAACAAUCUGGGUUCUGGCAGCAACAUUGACCUGUGUGUCAUAACCAAGGGCAAAGUGGACUACAUCCGGCCCCAUGACGAGGCCAACAAGAAGGGUGUGAGGUGA